UUCUUUUCGAGUUGUUUAGGUUUUGGCAAAAAAAAAAAAGGAUGGAUAUGAACAACGGACUAGGAGAUGAUACUAUUUGCCACAUUCUAUCUUUCCUUCCGACAACAGAAGCUGCUUUAACAUCUGUCCUCUCAAAGCGAUGGCGUAAUCUGUUUGUCUUGACACCAAACCUUGAUUUAGAUGAUGAUCAUGGAGGAGAAGAUUUCAUAGAUUUUGUGGAUAGAGUGUUGGCUGUGUCGUCGUCCUCAGGCGAUCUCCCAAGAAAGAGGAGGAUCUCGAUAAAAUGUCGAAAGAGUAUUAAAGACGACACGGGUCAUGUCACACGCUGGAUGAUUGACGUUUUGAAACACGGUGUCCAGAAUCUGUAUAUAGACGUAAUCGCUGAUGAUGUGGUUUUGGUGCCACUCGAGAUCUUCACUUGCAAGACAUUGGUUGAGCUGAAACUAGCAAAAGGAUUCGAGGCUAUGAUUCCUGGUGAUGAUGUUUUUCUUCCAUCACUCAAGACUCUCUGUCUUCAUGCGGUGUAUUUCUAUAAUAGUGGUUAUUGUGUUUUGGAAAAGCUUGUCUCUGGUUGCCCUUUGCUUGAGGAACUAACCAUUCGUAGUGCGAGAUGGCAGAAUGGUAAAUUUUGCCGCAUCGUGUCCUCUUCGACACUUAAGAAGCUUACUAUGGAGCAUGGUGAUGCUUUUGAUAAUUGGGACAUUUCUUUCGACACUCCUAGCUUGGAAUACUCUGAUUUAGUUCCAAGAGCGAUUCCAGUUGUGAAUCUCGAGUCCCUUGUUGAAGCUAAGCUUGAUCUCCAUUAUAUGCCAAUGUCUAGCAAUCCAACAAAUCUCAUCAAGGGGUUAAGUAAUGUUGAGGUUUUGGAGAUAUCAUUGGUUCGUACUUGGGAGGUAUUCUGUAUUUCCCGUGAAGCAAUCCCAGUGUUCAUCAACCUGUCUCGUUUAACCAUUACAAUUGAUUUCCCGACGACGAUUAAUUGGGAGUUUCUGCCGAUCUUUGUAGGAAAAUCUCCAAAUCUACAGACACUUGUCAUCAAGGGUACAUUGCUCGUUGAUAGAUAUGAACGAGAAUAUGAUUAUGGAUCGUCAUGUCCCGUGAAAGUACUGAAGAUAACUGAGUAUGGAGGAGAAACUGGAGAGCUAGAGCAAAUGAAGCAGUUCGUAGAGAAACUAUCGUCUCUUGAGCUCGUCAAAGUUCUUGCGUACGCAACAAACGACAAGAAAAAGUCUCGGAUCACCAAAGAUCUGCUCAAGAUUCCUAGAUCGUCCAAGUGCAAUAUCAAGAUCAGGUUCUGUGAGCAAGCAAGACCACGGAAAAGGCUUUUUAGAAAAGUCUAAGUUAAUGGAUGAACAAAAAAAAACAAACCUUGUUAUUACCUCGAAUAUUUAAGGUUGUUAUGCGGUUACUUUAUCAAUUAUAUGACAAAUAUA